GGCGGGAGCCGUGGGGGGCCCCCUGUGAGGAGGAGGAGGAGGAGGAGGAGGAGGCGGAGGUGGCCUUUCCUUCGCCUUUCCCUCGUCUUUCCCUCGCCUGUGAGGGCCGUGCCGUGCUGGGGAUGCUCGGGGCUGCGUGGUGGUGGUCUCCGGGCGGUGGUCUCCGGGCGGUGGAUGGCCGCCGGGUGGCGAGUGGUGGCCUGAAACGGAGAAUCCAGUUAACUGGGUUUAGAGGAAGAGAGAAGAAAGCGCUAGUUGAGUUGCUGUUCAAGCUGGACUGCGUUUUCCUUGAUAAUAAGAAAUACAAGAAUUGUACGCAUCUUAUAGCAAAAAAGCUUUGCAAGAGUGAAAAGUUCUUGGCUGCCUGUGCUGCAGGAAAGUGGAUACUAACUAAGGAGUACAUAAUUAAUAGUGCCGAAAGUGGCAGAUGGCUUGAUGAAACAACGUACGAAUGGGGAUAUAAAAUUGAAAAAGACACCCAUUAUUCACCUCAAAUGCAAUCUGCACCUAAAAGAUGGCGCAAAGAACUGAUGCAGUCUAGUGCUCCAGGGGCCUUCCACAGAUGGAAAGUUAUCCUCGCUGUUAAGGAAGGUGGUAAACGAAUGAUGUCUGUUAUAAGAGUUCUGCAAGCUGGAAAGGCAACCAUAUGUUCAUCCCAAAAUAUGGGGAGUGAUAUUACUCAUAUAUUUCUCCAUAAUAAAUUCUUUCUUAUGCAAAAUGAAAAACGUUUCCCUGAAGAUCAGUGCUACCCUUUGCAAUAUAUAGAAGAUUACCUUUUUGAGAAGGAAAUACAAAAUAUAGAAGUUACCCAAAUGAACUAUUUCCUGCCUGCACAAGAAACUGACCAAAAUGAGUCGAAUGUGAAGCUUGUCGAACUGAAAAAUGCUGUGUUAAAACACAUGUAUUUUGUAGAGUCCGCUAAACAUAAAUCUGCUCAUAAAGACCAGUUGAAUAAUCCAAAGCUUAAAAAUACCACCCUGUCUGGAACUGCUUGGCGCAUAUUUGAAGGAUUAAUUGAAGAGCAUUUAUUACCUGAUGUAAUCUCAGAAGUUGCAGCUGUUCAGAAGUACUCUCUACCUCCUGUGCAUUUUUUUCAUUCUCUUCUAGAACAUGUCCUGUUGGGAAAUACUGAUGCAGUAUUUCUUGCUAAAUUUCGUCAUGUUUUGUACGUUGUUCUCCAAUGUGAUCCUCCUUGGAAAUCCCCAUCUACAUUAAGAUAUUAUUUGGAUUUUCUUCAGUGUCCUAUCUGUAAGAAUGGCACGUGGUCAUUUGUAGAGAUGCUUGUAAGGUCUUGCCUUUAUUGUAAAAUCAUUUGUCAUGCAGCCCCAGAUUCAGGAAAAGCAGAUGAACAGAGAAUAGUUCACAAAACAUUAUUGAAGUUUUUCUUUGAUUUAGUAAAAGCUGAAGUAGAGUUUCUGACAAAAAGUUUGGUUGAAGAGACCAAUUCACAGCACCAGCAAGUAAUGCCACAGACGGUUCUUCUGAAAACCUUUUGGCUGGGAAGCGAAACCUCAGUGCUUUUCACCAAACACAUAAAUAUUCUAGCAGAUUGGGUCAUACUUUCCCAUAGAGAAUUGAACAGAACGAAUGAUGCUUUCAGAUGUGAAAUAGCUUCUCUAUUAAAGGCAAUUCUUGGAACUGUAGUGGAGUAUUGGAUCAUCUCAGGUUUACUUAUGGACCGAAAUGUGUUUUGUCAAAUAGCUGGUGAUUUAGCACAAUACAUUGCCAUUGCUUGUGACGAUUUUUCAGUACAUGAUUUACAAACGUUCAUUUGUACCAUACCAUCCCUCUGGCUUCAGAUGUUUGUGGCAGAAGCAGUUUUUAAAAAACUGUGUUUACAGAAUAAUGUAACUGUUUCUACAGAACCUCUUUCUCUUCAGAAAAUAGUCUGUUCCUAUUUGCCUGCCUUGAGAGAGGUAGGGAUGUGUGACACAAGAAAGAUGCAUAAAGCAAAGAAAAAGAAAAUAGGGCAUCGGCCAUGCCCUGAGUCUCAAAGGGCAUUACAGAUGCUAAGUGGUGAUAAGCAGAACCAAGUCAAAGUGCUGCCUGAUCUACCUGACUUAAUGUUUAGUAAGCGCUGUACAAGGAAGCGUAGAGCAAAUGAGAAAGUUGGGACUUCAGACACCAAAGAGAAUUGGUACAUUUCGGCUGAAGAGGCACAUUUUUACAGGAGAAAUGUUAAAGGAGAGACAGCCCUGCAUGAAGCUUGCAUAAGAAACAAAGUGGAGAGAUUGAUUCAGCUUCUCUCUUCCCCUGGAACAGACAUUAAUGUUAAAGACUAUGCUGGCUGGACGCCUUUGCAUGAAGCCUGUAACCAUGGCAGCACAGUGUGUGUCCGUGAAAUUUUGCAACGUUGUCCAGAGGUAGACCUGCUCAGUCAAGUGGACGGGGUGACUCCUUUGCAUGAUGCACUGUCAAAUGGACAUGUAGAAAUUGGCAAGCUGCUACUUCAGCAUGGGGGACCAGUCCUUCUACAGCAGAGGGACUCCAAUGGAAAAUUGCCACUGGAUUAUGUUGAAUCCCUACCAGUAAAACAAGAACUUUUGAACAUUGUUCAUCCAGAAGAGAAAAUUGAAAGAUUCUAUGAACGCACUGAACAAGAUUACUGCAGUCAGCAGAGAGAACUGUGGUUGAUUUUAUUUAACAAAAUGCUGCUAAAUUUUUGUUCAGUUUAUAAUCUGUUUUCACCCUUCCCUUCAAUUCUCAGAGAGGUAGCUUGUUCAAGCAGACUUCCAGUAAGGGCUCGUGAUUACUGUAAGAUAGAAAGUACAUUUUCUGCAGAUUGGUUAGUAGAUAUGUACUUUAGAGAACUAGAAACUUUUAAAAAGCUACCACAGUUUCUUCAAGAGAUAUCUACAAACAUGUUUAUUUUUCCAGGAGAACAGAUGAAGGCUUUAUUAGCAACUCUGGAAACUAUGGUAGAGGCAAAUCAGCUCUUUACUUAAAUCAUUUAAACUGGUAGCUUCCAAAACCAGUUACCAUUAGUUAAAUCAUGAUGGCUGACCAUUGACAGUUAGCUAACAGUUUUUUGACAACUAAGAAGUACAAAUUUCACAGCCCUACAUGUUUUUAUCGCCCAUGACAUCAAUACUUUCCUCUAGUUGAACCUGGAAAUCAGAUGUGUUCAUUCAGUGCAUUUUUUUUUUCAGGCAAAAUUUAUCUAGCAUUGCCUUCUAGUUGUCAGACAGCUCUGGAUGCAUUUGACCACCUCAGGAGGGUACUGUAUCAUUUGCACUAGGUAAAACUUUGCUUUUUCUGGCCUGGGAAUCUUUGUCAGAAGUCUCAUGCCAUAUCUCACUUUGGUCUCAAAAGGUAGAGCCUCUGCUGUUAAACUGAGUUGGAUACUACAACAGUUUUACCUUUUAAAAAGUGUAUACCUACAUAUUUUCUUGUCUUUUAAUAAAACUGAUAUUUUACCUGUCAGUAAGGAAGAACAUAGGGAAAAAAAAAUAUUCUCUCCGUUUUUAUUUGUUUGUCUUGUAAAAAUUGAAAUUACAUUUUGGAAAUUAAAAACGUAAGGUAGGUAUACCUUCUGAUUUCA